AUGAGACUUCUCGCCCUUCUCUCCGUCCUUUUCGUGCUCUUCCAGUCGAAUCAAGCAUUCAUCGUAAGUUCAGCGUACUUCGAAUCUUCUCAAUAUAAUCUCUUAAUUUUGCAGAGUAGGGUUCCCGGCGGUUGCUUCGUUCAAAAAUGCAUGCCGAAAGGAUCUCCGCCGAUGUGCCCGCAAGGAUUCACAUUUCUCAAAAACAUUGCUUGUGGACGCAUGUGGAACAAACAAAAGGCAAUCUGCUGUCCGUUUGGAAAUCAAGGAGGAUUCCCACACGGGCAAGAAGGAGGUUUCCAGAAUGUUCCGUUGGAUUUCAAUUAG